AUGGCCAGCAACGGUAGUGAAUCUAUUGGUGAUUCUGUGUCUUCUUCGAAACGUCCUCGGGUUGCAAUCAACUCAAAGAAUCUAAAAAUUGUAGAACCCCAGCCCAAGGGCAACAAUCGAGUGCCCAAGUGCGCUAGGUGUCGUAAUCACGGUAUUAUUUCGGAGUUACGAGGCCACAAGAAACUCUGCACCUAUAAGAACUGCAGGUGCUCCAAAUGCAUCCUGAUCUUUGAAAGGCAACGGAUAAUGGCAGCUCAGGUUGCCCUGAAGCGCCAGCAGGCCGUGGAGGAUGCGAUUGCACUGCGGUUGGUGGCCACCAAAACGGGUCGCUCCAUAGAUGCCCUGCCGCCGGGCAACAUUUUCGGGCUGACCGUGACCCAGCCAAGUUCGCCAAGUCGUAAGAAGAAUGACGACCAGGAGGGAAAGCCUUUCGUUGAGGACUUGAAGCGACAGAAGGAGCUCCCCAGCGAAGCUCCGGCGGUUGCCCAGGAUCUGAGUGCAAGCCGACGGGAGAGUGUCUCGCAAACAGCUAUCGAUAUGCUGGCCCAGCUAUUUCCCCAGAGGAAGAGAUCUGUCCUGGAGCUGGUCCUCAAGCGUUGCGAUCUCGACCUGAUCCGUGCCAUCGAGAAUGUCUCGCCGGCGGGAAAAUCAACGCCCGCGGAGGUGUCUAGUAACCAGAUUCCGAAUCAGCAGGCAGGCUCCACUCUGCCGAGUCUGUCCAGCCUGCCUCUGGCCACGCCCCAAAGGAGCAGUGCCUUCAGACCAGUUGUGGCGGAUCAGUACCAGAGUAAAUCCAUGGUGGAGCUGAAACCGCCCCCGUUUGGGAGCACCACUUCGGCCGCAGCGGCCGCCAUCUGCGCCUACCCCAAGUGGUUUGUGCCCCUCUCCUUUCCGGUUACCAUGGGCCACCUCUCCAACCUGGCACCGCGAUGCACUCUGCCCAACUGCGCCUGCCUGGACAGCUACCAGUUCCACUAG